AAUCCAGAAAAGAAACCGUCAGUUUUUUUUCCUUCCCAAUUUGCUCCGCAAAAAUGCCAAGUCUUCUUUCCUUUCCGCUUAGGGUUUCCAUUUCCGCCAUUGCAGGUCUUUCUUGACCUUUAGUUUCUCUCACAUUGCAUCGGAAUCGGCGCAUUGUUUUGAGAACUAUUUCGAAUUUUUAAAUUUUUUCCUCAAUUUUAGGGUUUCCCCCGAGAUUUUUCUGGUAUAGAUCGAGUUUAUAGAUUUGGUGCUAGCUUUGUGUCUCAAUGGUAUGCUCACUGGGAAGCAGUAGAAUGGCUGUUAUGGCUAGGAUUCUUGAAGCAGGAAGCAUCUCGCCCUCUAUAAAAGAGGAUGUUGUCAAUCAAAAGUUAGCUGCUCAAUACAUUUACAGAGAAUUACGUGGGGCAGAUGUGGCAAAUUUACUUGAUGAAGAAGAUAUGCAUGUCUUUGGUUUGAAGCCUAUGACUGAUCCUUUAAAUUUGGUAUGUUGUAAUGCAUGUAAGAAGCCGGUCAAGGCCAGUCAAUAUGCUGCUCAUGCAGAACUAUGUAGGUCACUAAAAAUCACAGAAGAAAUUAUUUGGAGCUUGAUGGUAGUACAGGCCAUAGGAAGCCUCCAAGGAAGGAAAGGAAGAAGUUACUAGCUGCUUAUGCUAACCAACCUACACUAGUUGGGGACCAGGAGCGAUCGGAAAUUAUUGAUGCUGAUGAUGAGACUACAGCAUCUGAAUCCCUCAUGGAUGGGCAAAUUUGGAUGUCUUCUACUUUAACCAUGCAUGCAAA